CUUUCUCCAAGGUAACCGACCUGUACACACAGAGACUGAAUUUACACUGUAGGAGACUGAAUGAUUCUUUAACUGUCAACCACAGGUACGUUCACACCUCUAUCUGAAGGUCAGUCAUAUGAUCAGACUGUCUGUAACUCCGGAUACUGACUCAGUCGUUUGUUUCUUUAUUAUUUAUGAAACUCUGUGUCCACAGUUUAAGUCUUUAUUAACUGAAUGUAUCGGUCCAACAUGUUGCUCUGCUUUUGUUCAGUCUGUGAAGAUGGUGUCAGGUGAGGGGAAGUCUGACAUGGAGCGUCUAGGUGUGUUUAAAGAGAUGAGCUACAUCUCUGUAGGAGAUAAAUACAUGCCUCCCAAUAAUCGUGAGUACUUAACUUUGUCAUUUAUACGUCUGAUUAUCGUCUGAUUUAAAAAGAAACUGUGAGGACAUUUAAAAACAAAAAUAUAUUUAAAUAAAGUUCUCACUAAUCUCUCAUUAUUCUUUUUUUUCCUUUCUGCAUCAUUAACUAAAAAACACUUUCACUGUGCUUGGACUGCUUAGAAAUUGACAGUAACAUUUAUGUUAUGGGCAGGAAGGUUUUUUAUAUAAAUAUGAUUUAUCUAAUUUUGGUUUGUAAAUUACUUUUACCAGUAUACCUGUCUUAAAAAUGAAGCAUGACUUCUAUUUUGAAAUGAAGCCAUAUGUAUAUUGAUACAGAUUUGAGUCCUCUUCAACAUCAGUGUGACCAGUUUUCAAUGAUGUUCCACCAGAGACGGUUGAUGUUUACUCGUGGUUUAGCCUUAAUUUUUUUUGAUAAAUCAAUUUGUUGAUUUAUGUCUUAAUCAAAGCAUUUGAAAUAAAAGAGCUUACUUUUAAACUAAAACCACACACACUUAUUUGACAUGUGCAUAAACCAGGAAGGAGUAAGCUGGUUUAACUCUAACCCAUCUCUUCACUCUAUAAUCUUGCCACUUUCAAAGAGUGAAUCAUUCAAUGGCUGAUUCUUCAACAAGUUUAAAGCAACUUGGAACCACUUUUAACUUGUUUCAGCGUAAAAUGACUAAAAUGUGUUUUAAAUCAUAUACAAAAGGUUUUUAAGAUAAUUUUCUUUCUUGAUAUUUUUAAUACUUAUUUCUCAGGUACUUUACUUUAUCAUGCAGUUUUUUCAGCUGAUUGUUUUUGUGCAGUAGCCUACAUUUCAAAUUUAAGAUAACAAAACAAAUGAUAUUUCAAGUGGAAGCAUUUUCACCACCCUUAUCAUGUUGAUUUUUACAACCUGUUGAAUCCUGUUGUAUCACAACAGUGGAGGAGUCAAAAGUGGGCCUUUAGCUUUUAAUCUUCUUCAGCGAACACAUUGUCAUAAAAAAAAAAAAUACUUAUUUAAACUAGCACAGAUACUCUCAUCUCAGUCUGACGGUGUUUGAUGGAUAGUUUAAAGAAAUUAUUUGACCUAAAAGGAUUGUGAUGGAUAUUUACCAGAUGAUAGCAGGACCAACAUAAAUAGGUACCUUUGACCUCAGAAUGAGGAGAGUUAGUGGUGUAGUGGCUGUUAUGGGGUCGGAGCUCAAAGAUACACACUGACAUGCAUCAUUACGAAACUAGCAAUAGAAGAAUAGUUUAAAGGACAAGACAGCUUUUUUUUACAGCACAUUUCAUUCACUGAAGUUUUCAAUUUGCUGAACAUGAUUAAAGUUUUACAGCUAAAAGUCUUUUCGCUUAAAUUUGACUACAUCAGAGCCAAGGCUCGUCUGCCAUCAUUUAGGGUUUGUGCUGCAUGAGAACAAAAAGCUGCUCAAUGUAUUUUUUCAACUCUGAAAUCAUUGCUGUAUUCUUUAAAAUCCAGGACCGUUCAAUGAAUCAGCCCAUCGUAACCGACAGAUGCAGGCUGGCAUCGCCAAACAGCGUUGUGCUCUGCAGAAUGGCUUCUUCGAAAAGUCCUUCAACAGGAUAUUUGAGCGGGAGGCCCUGAGUGACCCGCUAAAACUGGCCCGACAAAACCGCAUCCAGCAGGCCAAGAAGAACCUGGGGAAGGCUUUCCUGCCCUGUGACAGCAUCAAGAAGCCGUGAGAGAAAACUCAAACAUGUUCAAUACAUUGCUUCUAAAACCUGGUUCAUAUAUGUACUUCGAACUUUGUUUCAGCAGACUCCAAACUCCAUUGAUGAAAACAGUGAUUUUACUUCCUCAGGAAAGCUGCAACCUGGAAAUGUUGGCGUUAUUGUGUGACUGUAGGUCUGUGAUAAUAUCAGUGUAGCCUUCAAAAAAUGAAUAAAAGCUUGCAAUUGGUAAUCAGCAUUUUUCCUGCAAGGUGAAAUGAUCAUGACCGUUUUUGUCAGACAUAUCAUUUAUUAGUAGUAGUAUGACCAAACUCCAGCAUUUUCAGAGCUGACUAGCAUUUGGGUUUUGGACAUUUGGCUGUUUAGUCACCUCAACACCCUCAUCUUUUAAAUAAAUACAAUUUACCAUGUACUGCUUUUUCUGCUUUGCACAGGGAUUGGUGUUUUACGUAUAUGAAACAUUAGUGCCCUCUGCUGGAUAAAGCUUAGAGGUGCGCCUAAUGUCAUCUUAAUAUGGAAAUGUGUUUAAUAAUUCCAGUUUUUGUGUUCAAAGUACUUUUUACCCAUGUGGUUUAUUUGAAGACCUUCCAGACUGAAUGUUAAAUAUUUUUGUGAUGAUAUGAAUCAGCUAGAGUAAUUGCAUCUCACCAAGUUAUAGUUUACUAACUGGAUAACAACGUCAACAAAGGAGGUUUUGAGAGAAAUCUGAAUAAAUGUCAUAUUUGAACACUGUCAUUGAUGACUGGGCAGCGCAAACUGUACCCUUCAUGUACAAAUUUAAACUUGUGUUUCCGAUACAAUAAUGAUCAUCUUUGUGGGACUUUUCUGGUCCUGCUCUUACCACCUGUUCACUCACACCUCAUUUUUGCUCUUAUCCAUCAACACCUCCAUCUGUCUACAGGUGUGGUUCAGGCAGUUACUACGGGACUUUGUCAGGACCAGUUGAAGCUAUGAGUCCUAUGGCAGUCCCUCGGAAAGCCCAACCUUCCCCUGGACGCAACAUCGUCACUUCGCCUCCCCAAAAGGGCAGUGGUUACAGGUCAUAAAUACAAUAUGAUCUCAUUCAUGUAUUUAUUAUUGUACCCCUGGACAAAUCUGUUAUUGUACUGUUAAAUGUAUUUAUGCUAUGUUUUUUUUUGCAGUUAUCCCAAUGUGACGCUGUCCAAAAUGGAGCUGUAUGCCUCAGACCCCUACGACAGAGCCAGAGAACUUCUAAAGGUGUCAUUUUAAUUGGUUGUUUUCUCUGUAUCAUAAAUUUGUAAACAUGUAAGCAAACAAAAGCUGUAUGUCUCACCUUAUAACAAACUUCAACUUUAAAGGUGCUUGUUUUUUUAUUAUUCUACAGAGAGAAGCAGCAGUCCAUCGCUCCAAGUUUAGAGACGGUCCCUUCAGGCUCAAUCUUCGCUCCAAAGAUUAUUUUCAACGCAACCCAUACCGCAGUGACAAGCCCCUCCCACCAGCUCACAAGCCCCUCCCACCACCUCGCAAGCCUGUACCAUCAGCACAGAAUGUCUCUCCAGUUCCCUUCAAACCUCCGUCCCCGAGCAAAAAGGUGAUCACCCAACAAAUACAGAAAAAAGUAUUUCUCGCUUACAGGUUUCUUCUGUUUUUGUCAAACUUACAUGUUUCAGAUCAUCAAACAAGUUUGAAUAUCAGACAAAGAUAACCUGAGUAAACACAAAAUGCAGUUUUUAAAUGAUGAUUUCAUUUAUCAAGGGGAAAAAGCUGACCACCUGCCCUUUGUGAAAAAGGAAUUGACCAUGAUUUGACCUGUAGAAACAAAAGAUCUAUUAAACAGAACCAGACAAAUUCAAGAACAGGUAAGAAGCAGCGUUUUUGACAUCUAUCAGUCUGGAAAGGGUUACAAAGCCAUUUUCAAGACUUUUGGACUCCAGAGAACCACGGUGAGAGCUAGAGUAGUUGCAGCUUAUCAGGUUUUGCUUUACUUGUUAGAUUACAAUGUCAGCAAAGGAGGUUUUGAGAUAUAUUAAUGUCUCAUGAAUUAAUGCCAUGCUUGAGAUGCAUUUGAACAUUAUUAUUGAUGGCGAGACAACGUGAACUAAACCCCUUUGGGACAAGAUUAAAACCCUUUAUCCACACAUAGAAUACACAUCUUCCCAGGAGAGGCUAAAAUGAGGAGCACAUUGAGGACUCAUGGAGGAGGUCCUAAAAGAACCCACAACAACUGCUAAAGCACUGCAGGGUUCACUUGGCACCGUUACGGUCAGUUUUAAUGAUUCAACAAUAAGAAAGAGACUUGACAACAACAACAACAACAAUGGCAUCUAUGGGAGAGCUCUGAGACCAAAAAGAACACAAAGACCUGUCUCACAUCUGCCAAAAAAAACACCCUGAUGAUGCCCAAGACCUCUGGGAAAAUAUUUGUGGAAUGACGACACAAAAGUGGAACUUUCUGGAACAUUUGAAGUAAACUAACACAGCAUUUCAGAAAAACAACAUCAUACUGACAGUGGUUAAAGUGGUGCACAGGGGUAGGCAUUCACAAUAAAAACAAAGUUGACUGUCAUCUUUCAGCAAGAUGAGAUUUUUGUCGGAAGAUGCUACUGAAGUAUGAUGGGGAUUAACGAAAAAACAAACACUGCAUUGUCCAGAGGGGUGCCAAAAUUGACAAAAAAGUUCCUCACAGGAGCUUUAACUGUAACAAUAUAAAGAUAAUGAAACUUUUUUCAUAUAAGAGAUGUGAGAAACUUAAGCUAACUUUUUUCAUUCAAAUUCAGUUUCAUCAGUUUUUUAAGUUAAUAUUGUCUCCCAUAAAAGGACAAGAUUUGAUCUUCAAACUGCAUCUUAAAAAAUUGAGCCUUGUCACUGUAUAAUCAGGGUUGCCAUAUACUCUGGUCAAUACGUUGUAGUUCUAUGGGUAAUCAAACUCUUGGUCGACUUCUCUGUUCCAUUUGACCCUUUGGAGUUUCACAAAACCCUAUUUUUUGGGGUCCUGGUCAGUCUUGAGGCAUUGCAAUGAUCAAUAUUACCAGGUUCUCCAUGUAUAUGGUAAACAGCAACAAAAACUGAAUUUUGAACUUGACACAGCAAUGAAGAGAGGGAAACAUCUGAGUUGUGUUUUCACAGUGAAUUGGGUAUGCUAACAGGUAAUCUGUGUGAUUAUCUGGUGUUAGAUUGGAGGGAUGAAGGCGGGGACAUUCGACUCUUACCCCUCUCACUCUACUGAUCCUUAUGUCAUCCGCCGCUCCAAACCAACCAAUCAAGGGCCAGUUUUCCGGCCUGCUCCUGGUCCCAAGAGCACACCUGUGAAGAGUAUCAUCACCAUCAAUGUCAACAGGUUUGAGCCCAUCACUGCUGAUAGACUUACCUAUUUUCAGGUGACCGUAUCACUUUAUGAUUAUACUCCUCAUUAAUGGUUUAACAGUUUAACCUCCAGCAAUGAGAGUAGAGGGUCUAAUUUUGACAUAUGGACCAAAACUAAGGUAUUUCCCUAACCCCUUACAUGCUGUGUAGCACUAAUUUUAUCUAAAUAAUGCUGUAUUGCAGUUGUUUGAGGCAGUAUCACAUUGUUUUACUUCUGUCUUGUUGUUUCAGGAGUGUGCACUCUGCAAACUACAGGUCAACCAUCCCAGCUGUGAUGACCCUCUGACUGCCUCAUGAAGAGUGAGGAACAGGAACAGUGCUUUGACCUCAGUCCUGGAUUCUAAGGGGAGAACGGGGUGAUUUGAGUCUGAGGGGGAGAUCUACCUCUUGUUUCACAUACAAAGUUGUCCAUGCGAUCACUCAUUUUUGUAAAGUCAUCUGUUUUACUCACUGUGUGAUGUAUAGAGGCACGUGGAAUAUGAACUAAUCAGCUUUAGCUAAAAAAAAAAAAAAAAAAAAGGAGUGUUUCACUGAUUUAUUUUGAUAUUGGCGGCAUGGCUAGACUGGCCCCUCCCACCCAGUUUUAUGGCAGAUGAACAGGUAAAUGUCCUUCUGCUUAACCCCAGCUGUAUUUAUUAGAAAAUUCAUGUUACAGAUCAUUUGUAUGAUUUAUUCUAAACUGCUAGGAAGAAGGAUCUCACCUGUACAAUACCUGUGUAAAAAAAAACACCUGAGCAGAGGACUUUGACAGAUCCACACCAAAAUAACAAAUCAAACCUGCAGAAUUUGUUUCCAGCACUGGUGAGCUGUAUUUGAAUAUUAACAGGUUUUAAUAUCUCAAAUUAAAGCUCACAUAAAUGCUCCACAGAGUUCAAGUAGCAGACGCAUCUGAACUUCAACUGUUUAAAGGAGACUGAGUGCAUCAAACUGUCAAACUGCUGCAAAGAAGCCACUGCAGAAGAAGAUCAACAACAAGAAGGAGAAGAGCACUUAUCAGGCCAAGAAACACAAGCAAUGCACAUGAAACAAUCAGAAAUCCGUACUCUGUCUGAUGAAUCCAGAUGGGAGAUCUCAGGCUCUUCCCUCGCAUCUCGACAGACAGAUGAGCAGAUAGUUUCUACGAGUGUUCCUGCUGUGACAUGAUUGCAUAUGUGCUCCUUCAAAGUUUUGAUGUCAGUAUCAAUCUACAAUGUACUGAAUAAUAUUAAUUGAAAGAGAAAGCUAUUGACUUAAAGGAUGAGUCCAGAUUUUUGACUGUAAAACGUGAUAAUACGUUAUCUCCUUUGUGCAGUUUAUGAAAAUUAUGUCUGUUAUUUCAUCCUGAUUUGGUUCUAGUUUGGAAAUGGACCUUGGAAAAUAAAGCUGGCAAUUGAGGUUGUAAACUUAACCAUGAAAUAAAACCUAAAAGACA